UCUGCACCCAGAACUGAGCAGAAUCCAUACUGCAAGCAUGGCUGCAGUCCUCACCUGGGUUCUGGCCCUGCUCUCAGUGUUUUCAGUCACCCAGACUCAGAAAGGCUUCUGGGACUACUUCAGCCAGAGCAGCAGGGACAAAGGUGUGAUGGACCAGGUCCAGCAGCAGAAGCAGGCCCAGGACCAUGUGAGGCUGAAAGACAGCGUUGAGCAAGACCUCAGCAAUAUGAACAAAUUUCUGGAGAAGCUGGGUCCCCUGAGUGGGCCGGGGAAGGAGCGCCCUGUGCUGGCCCAGGACCAGGAGGGCAUGAAGCAGCAGCUGCAGGAAGAGCUAGAGCAGGUGAGGGCUCGUCUACAGCCCUACAUGGAGGAGGUACACAAGCUGGUGGGCUGGAAUUUAGAGGGACUGCGACAGCAACUGAAACCCUACACAGUAGAGCUAAUGGAGCAGGUGGCCCUGCGUGUACAGGAGCUGCAGGAGCAGUUGCGUGUGGUCGGGGAAGGCACAAAGGCCCAGGUGCUAGGCAGCGUGGAUGAGGCACUGGGCCUGCUGCACGACAUGCCCAGCCGCGUGCUGCACCACACUGGCCGUGUCAAAGAGCUCUUCCACCCGUACGCCGAGCGCCUGGUGAGUGGCAUCGGGCGCCACAUGCACGAACUGCACCGCAGCGUGGCUCCGCACGCCACUGCCAGCCCGGGAAGGCUCAGUCGCUGCAUGCAGGCACUCUCACACAAGCUCACUCUCAAGGCCAAGGCCCUGCACACAGGCAUCCAGCAGAACCUGGACCAACUAGGUAAAGGGCUCAGUGCCUUUCUACGCACCAGUGUAGAUGGGGCUGAGGAGGGGACCAGCUUGGACCCCCAGAUGCUCUCUGAGGAGGUGCGCCAGCGACUCCAGGCUUUCCGUCAUGACACCUUUGAGCAAAUUGCUGUCUUCACACGUGCCAUUGACCAGGAGACUGAGGAGAUUCAGCAGCAGCUGGCACCACCCCCACCAGACCACAGUGCCUUCAUCCCCAAGUUCCCAGAAGCAGAUGGUGACAAGGCCCUGAGUAAGCUGCAGGCCCGUCUGGACGACCUGUGGGAAGACAUCACCUACAGCCUUCAUGACCAGAGCCAUGGUGAUCUGGGAGAACCCUGAGCGCCAAUUUUCCCAGGAUCAUUCCCUAGCUCCUGGUCUGGGGGCCCAAGAUCUGAGCCUCUGCAUGGCCUGCUUGGGGAGGCCGGAGGGUCCUGCACACACAGGAUAGGUGAGGCCACCAGGGGGCUGCUGUCCCUGGCGUAUCCAUCCUCCUCAACUUCCUCAUCCAAAUGCAUUACACUCACUAGGCUUUGCAAACCCAGCUUUCCUCACUCAUUGGGGCAUUCCCUCAUGAAUUUCAGCAUUCAGGGUUGGAGGGAGUAGGGAGGGAGAGAGAUCCUAUGUCUGCAAACUUGUGUGAGAUGGCAUUGGGAGCUUGUGCUGAAGUGUGGUUCCUGUCACUUCUGGAUGCCUGAUGGUCACUGCUACAGCUGGUCCACAGAGAGAAGCCCUUGUUUCCCCAGGGCUGCCACCACAAUUUCUGUUGGGCCAAUAGAAGAGAUCAAGGAAGAAAAUACAUGGGAUACAUGGGGAGACCAUGUGAUGGUGUGUGUAUAUCCCUGCUAGCGGUGAUGCUGGUGUGUGUGAAUGGUGGGGGUAGUGAUGGGCUUGGGCAGGGUCUGUAUUUCCUUAUAUAGUUCUGCAUCUAAGCAAGGGACCAAGCUCUCCAAACUCCAGGGGUUUCUUAAAUUGUCUAAGGAUCAUUCCCAGCCCUUCCUUCCUGAUUCCCAAGCUGAAGUCUAGACUUCUGCUCAAAUGAAAUAGAUGCUUAUGA